AUGGACGCAGAAGCGCAACGUGAAAAGGUUUUAGCUGGAAAAAAAAAGCUAAAAAAAUAUCAAAAGAAAAAAGCUGGCGGUGGAGGUGGCGGAAACACUAAUAAUACCAGUAAUAGUACAGCUAGUGACCAAACGUCCCCUAUAGCAGCUCGUAGAACGAGUGUUGACUCUGCAGCCACAAGUCGUACUCGUACGUCAAGUAUCAAUUCUGAAACUGGCAGUGUCCAAACCGAAGUUACCGUUGACGCGAAAGCGAACGAAUCGAAAAUUCAAGUGGAAGAAAUCUCUGUUGUUGCUGUUUCUUCUGAUGUAGAAAAAGAAAAACAACAAGUGACACCAGGAUCUGCUGAUGCAGUUGAAGAACCAUCACUUCCACACGUAGAAUCCCAUAGCAAAAUUGUCGAAGGACAUCAACCAAUAGAAGAACCACGUGAAAAAGUUGUUAUACCGACAGUUGCAUUGAUGGAAACUAACAUGCCCGAUAAAAAAUCGUUUACCGCUGAAGAAGGGUCCGUAACAUAUGAAGAUCUAGCGAAUAUUUGUAGCACACAACAACAAACAAUAGCUGUAUUGGUUGAACAAAAAUCAGGACUCACUGCCGAACUCGACAAAUACACUGCAAUGGCUGAUCGAUUCAAACGUAGUGAAGAGUUAUUAGAAGAGGGACAAUUGCUGGUAGAUGCCUUACGAAGACAAAAUGCAGAGCUUGAGGAGAAAAUUCGAGAUGGUGAGAUUAAAUUAAAAGAAGCUGGUGAUCAAACUGAACGAACAUUGGAAACAUUAAGAUUGCAGAAAGCGAGAGCUGAAAAGCUCGAAAAAGACAAUAAUCAAUUGGUAUCACAGUUAAGCACAAAGGAUUCUAUUAUUGAACAAUUGACAGCGGAAAAAGCGAAAAUUCGUUCGACUUCUGGAGAAGUUGAACGGCUUACUAAAUCACUUCAAGAUAAAGAAGAUCGUUGUGAAGCUCUUGAAAUUGAGUUGUCAAAUAUACGACAUCGACUUGCCAAUACCGAGCAACAACUUUUAGAUAAGGAGGAAAAACUCGCAAAUACUGAACGGACUUCCAAAGAAAUAGAAGCUAAAUUUGAAUCAUUAAAUAAUCAAAUUACAUCUUUAAAUACACAAAACACAGAAAUCAAACAAAAAUUAGAGUCGUUACAGGUUGAACAUGAGACAAAAUCAAAAGAAGCUGCUGAACACUAUGAAAACUUAACGUUUAAAUCAAACGUUGCUCAGGAACUUCAUACAGAACGAGAAUCUCUUACCAAGGAGCUUCAAUCUGUUCAGACGGAAAAUACUAAACUAACAAAACGGAUUAAAGACAUAACAACAAAAAUUGACGGAUUAUCUGCGGACAAUCGUAAUCUAAUUGAUCAAUUAAGUGAAUUAAGAGAGAAAGUAGUGGAGAUUAGUAAUGACAAAUUGGUAUUAGCCGAACAAGUUGACCGCGAAAAGAAUCGAGCUAAUAGGCUCGAAGCAGAACUAGCAGAUUAUCGUAAAAAAUACGAUGAAAUCUCGUCUAAACAAAAUGGAAAUGCGAAUUUAUUUACCGGAGACUCAAAUUCAUCCGCAAACCAAGAAAUUCAAAAUCUCGAGCAUCAACUUUCUCAAUUACAAGCUGCGUUUGACUUGCUAAGUAAAGAAAAAAGUACUGUUACAGAAGAAUCAUCAAUUACGCCACCAACUACUAUUCCCCUAUAUUCUGUUGACUCUUUUUCGAAUGUUACAAACUCUGUUCCUCAGAAACCUCGUCGUUAUGUUCCAUUUCCAAUAAACAAUACAGAUAAUGGAGUUGAUUCUCGAUUGUCACCUGAUGCACCACCGCCACCACCGAAUACACCUCGAUCUCCAGUCGUACCAAUUAAUAACACCGGCGCUAUAAUGGAAAUAGCAGGUUGCUCUGGUUGUACUGGUGAAAUUAUUGUUGUCUAA